GUGCUGUUUAUGCUACAGAUUACUCAAAUGCAAGUACUACAGCAAUGUUUGAUCCUUAUCAGUUGUGUUGGAGUAAAUUCCUUGCAAACCUUCUGUCUGUGCCUGUGUCCAUUCUCCCUCCAGUAAAGGAUACCAGUUGCAAUUUUGGAUACACUGAUAAAAGUAUAUUUGGUAUCCCUAUUCAAAUAAUGGCUUUGGCAGCAGAUCAACAGGCAGCCAUGUUUGGGGAGUGCUGCUUUGAACCAGGAGAUGUGAAGCUCACGAUGGGGACAGGCACUUUUAUGUCUGUCAACACUGGAACCAAGCCUCAUGCUUCUGUAACUGGCCUUUAUCCAUUGGUUGGAUGGAAGAUUGGAUCUGAACUUACUUACAUAGCAGAAGGAAAUGCUUCUGACACUGGUAAAGUAAUCCAGUGGGCACAGCAGCUAGGUAAGGAGGGUUCAGACUGA